UCGGCAGGCACCACUGGGAGCGCAGGGCUUCUUGCAGCCUCUUCUCCCCGCAGGUUUCACUCCACUUCGCCAUCGCGGUCCCCGGUUCCUGGUCGCCUCCCGCUGUCCCUCUGAACCCACGGGUAGUAGGAUGGCUGUGGCGCCUCCGAGUUGCUGUUUGGUGGCCUUUCCGCCCCGUGCCAAGGACGGUCUGGUCGUGUUUGGAAAAAAUUCUGCUCGGCCCAGGGACGAAGUGCAGGAGGUUGUGUAUUUCCCGGCUGCCGAUCAUGAACCCCAGAGCAAGGUGCAGUGUACUUAUAUUUCAAUCGACCAAGUUCCCAGGAGUCAUGCUAUUGUGAUAAGCAGACCUGCCUGGCUUUGGGGGGCAGAAAUGGGAGCCAAUGAACAUGGAGUGUGCAUAGCCAACGAAGCCAUCAAUGCCAGAGAACCGGCUGCAGAGACGGAAGCCCUGCUGGGGAUGGACCUGGUCAGGCUUGGUUUGGAAAGAGGGUCAACAGCUAAAGAAGCCUUAGACAUCAUCGUCGCCUUGUUGGAAGAACACGGACAAGGUGGGAAUUAUUAUGAAGAUGCAGACUCCUGCCAUAGCUUCCAAAGUGCAUAUCUGAUUGUGGAUCGUGACGAGGCCUGGGUGCUGGAGACCGUGGGGAGGUACUGGGCUGCUGAGAAAACCACAGAGGGAGUCAAGUGCAUUUGCAAUCAGCUUUCACUCACCACCAAGAUUGAUGCAGAGCAUCCCGAACUCAGGAGUUAUGCUCAGAGUCAAGGUUGGUGGACGGGAGAGGAUGAGUUCAAUUUUUCCGAAGCUUUUUCUCCAGCUGAUGAGCAUCUAGACUGCUGUGCAGGCAAAGACAGCUUAGAAAAGCAAGAAGAAAGCAUCACUGUGCAGACUAUGAUUGACGUCUUACGGGACAAAGCCAGUGGAGUCUGUAUAGACUCCGAGUCUUUCCUCACGACAGCCAGUAUAGUAUCCGUCCUGCCUCAGAAUCGAAGCUCGCCCUGCAUUCACUACUUCACUGGGACCCCAGAUCCUUCCAGGUCCAUAUUUAAGCCUUUCAUCUUUGUCGGUGAUAUAAAACUUGUCCCCAAAGCACAGUCUCCCUGUUUCGGGGACGAUGACCCUGCCAAAAAGGAGCCCCGGUUCCAGGAGAAACCAGACCGCCGGCAUGAGCUGUAUAAGGCCCAUGAGUGGGCACGUGCUGUCAUCGCAAAUGACCAGGAGCAAGGUCGCCAGCUGAGGAAGACCAUGCUGGAGCUAGAGAAGCAGGGCCUGGCAGCCAUGGAAGAAAUCCUGAGCAGCUCUGACCCCCUGGACCCCACAGAAGUGGGGGAUCUUUUCUAUGACUGUGUUGACACAGAGAUUAAGUUCUUUAAGUGAAGUAAGCAUUCCCUUCCCCUUCUUAUUGAAAAUUUCCCACCUUACUAAAUUACCAGCAAAACAAACCACCCUCCUGUUGGAGUAAAAUGAGAAAGUUCUGAUGUGGUCUCCUUGUCUGAAGCCAAAUCCAACUGUUAACUUGUGUUCUGCCUCGAAUCUCAAAACGUCCCCUUUUUCUGCAAUGUAGGUCCCCUUCCUUUGCAGUGUGACAUGUAUCUCCUUCGCCUGUUGUUCGAAUGUAUGACUAAUUGUGGAUUUUAAGCUGCUAUUAUUGUAUUUCAGUGACAAUGGACACGUUAGCCUUUUCCCGGGGGGACUGGAGUGCACCAAGCCUUGCAAGGCGGGUUCCACAGCGCCGAGUUUGUGGGGAAAGCAAAAUCUUUUGAAGUCUUAGUCUCUCUCUGGGGACUGGUUUCUUUCAGGUUAACAGAAGGCAUUUAUUUCUGUCUGGCCCGGGGCUCUCGUGUGCGUCCGGAGGGAGGAGCCCCUGGCCUCUCUCUACUACAGGGUGUGCCUAUACUGCCGCAUGACUCCAGAUGUGUCUUCUGAGGGCCAGAAGCAAAGGGAAGGAAAACGGGCUCCUCUCCCGUCCCAGCGCCUUCCCCACUCCCAUGACCCUAAAGAGCCCGUCUUCCGUGCACUGUGUUUGUGUGCUGUGGACCCACAGACUGCUUUCACGAGCGGGAGAGCUGGUCACCUGUGUUAGCUGGAACCUGCCCGCCUUAGAGAUGCACAGGCUGUCCUGCUGGGGACCUUUUCGAGUGACUAUGUGGCUCUGCCCAAAACACACGUGACCCUCCAACCCCUCCAUUCCCUGCACGGCAGCACUCCCACCACACUGUUGCUGGCUUGCGUAGAAACGAUUCCCGGCCUGGCUACCGCCAUCUCGUUUAGGAUUAAUGAAAUGGCCCCGUGGCAUAGUUCCACCCCACAAAGCUGUGACUCUCUCAGCAAGUGAGGGAAAGGAAAGGAGAAACUUUCGACUAUUUAGAUCCUAGGUAAAGUAGCUGGAAUCUAAGCAGCCACAACAUUAUCUCAGCAGAGAUUUGAAUUCAACUGAUUUGUUCCCAACGUCGUGUUCCCGGGAAGGAUUUGACUUACCACCCAAGCAUAGAAAAGCGUGUAAGGAAGACCAGAUGGACUCAGCAUUGGAAAGACAGAGGGCAAGAAGGCGACAGAUGGAUGUAGAAGCAUUUCACUCCAGGGUAACAGUCCAGCCCCCACUCCGCCUGCCCGGCCAUUUAUAUCCCACAAAGCUGUGUAGGAGGCACCCGGCUUUCUGUGGGCCUUCGCUGUAUCCCUCCUGCCCCGUGUGUCCCAGCAGCUGCCUUCAGACUAGUAGAUGAGUUGGACAAGUGGGGGAGGGGCUGAUGUCUGCUACUGAAACUCUGAACCACACUUGAAAUGGAAGGGGGCCAGAGAUGAUUAACGGAGGGUAUGUUAAUAUACCAGCGAGUGGCAGAACAGCAGCUCAAUUACUCCCCGUGACUCUCCCCUGGCAGCCGUGUAUGCUAGGCCGUGAGAGCUGGAAGGGACUUGGGCCCCAUACACAGAUGCGAUCACAGGUUUUAUGGGAACGAAUCUUUUUUUCUACUGACUCUCUUUUAAGAGUGUAGGCAGAAGAGCACCGUAAGCUUUUUGCCCAGCAGUUUUGUAAGUUCUGCAUGUAAAGUCACCAACUAUAAUACAAGUGGUGAGAGGUGGGAAAAAUAUUUAAGCUGCCUUCAGACUAGUAGGUGAGUUAACAGCAACCAUUCGUGGUGGCUUGUACUUGCUGAGAGUUUUGUCCAGGUUUGGCCUGGGCUUUCACUGUCAAUGCACUUAGGGUCUCCUCUGAGAUGGAGUGGCCAUUCUGAGAGUACCUGUCUACAGCUGCUAAGGGGCGAAAGGGGAAGUUUGAGAAUGAUGUCGGUACCUCACCUGCUGAGUGGUUAUUUAAAACAAGAUGAUAUAGAAAACCACUCUAAAAUUUCACCACGUGGUCUCACCUCCACUUACUAUGGAAACAUUUCAUCGGAUCUGACAUGGCUGUGAUGCCCAAGGUGAUUUGGGGUUUGACCAAAAGGAAUCUAGUGAGAAUAAAUUACACAGAAGCCUGUUUUCAAUUAUGAUGGGUCAAACAAAGGUCACGGAUAACCCAGCCAGCCUUAUGCCAUUACCCAGCCAUUGUGCAGUGGGAAACCCAGUGGCAACUUCUGUUAGAGCACACUGACCUUAGUCCAGCACGUCAGAGAAGGGCCAACCCCAACUGAGAGUUGUCUUGGCUAAGGCUGUACAUCACAACUGUGAUCUCCCUGUGUGACCACUAGAGGGUGUGGCAGCCCCCCCAUGGCACAGCCUGGCAGAAGCGAAGUGGGGCUGGGAUGCUUCCCUCAGGCUCAGAGGUGGUCUCUGUACAGUCAUUCAUGAGUAAAAGCAGUGGACAGACUUCCAUGCAUUGGGAUGCAUGGAAGAAAGACAAGAAGAGAGCAAAGACUCUGUUGACGUGGUUGUACUCACUUCUAGUGACUUUUAUAUACGUAUAUUAACAGCUUGAAAUAUGUUGGAUUUUGAGCAGGCUGUUGUUGGGGGCAAUGUUUGUUUUUAAGUGCUCCUAACAGACUCUGCUUUGGAAAAAUGCUCACCGUCACGUAGAUAAGUUCUUGACCAGUGACUGCUUUCCUAAAGGUAAUAUGGAGAAAAUGAAUAUUCAAGAUGAACUGUGAAAAUAACGUUUAAAGGUCACUGUGUAAAUAGCUUCCUAAAAUACCAUUUGUGUAUCCGUUAAGACUUGGGGGAGGGGAGUGCUGUGCAAGUUUUGUGCAGAAAGGAGAUACGGCCAUAAAGGACAGAAUCUCUCCCCAACUCCCGUACCCCGUAACCAUACAUAAGCUAGUUAGUCUCGUCUAGUAGAAGGGAGUUACCAUAGAGGAAGACACCCUCAUACUCUAAGGGAAGAGGGGGAGGUGCAGACACUCCAGUAAAGGUACAUUAACAAAGCAGAAGUAGUACUCUCACUCCUGGAGGUGGUUUGGAACUUUAGAUAGAAUAAGGGCAUACGUGAAGUUAUGGUGAUUCUUUAGUGCCCAAUAACAUAAGACACAGUGUUAUUAUUAUUAGUAGAGUCCUUCUUACAAACCGUCUAACAGAGCAGGUGUAUACCUAUUAGAUGUUAGCAGUGAGGUUCCUUCACUAUUGGGUGAAUCAUUAGAUAUAAAAUACUAUCAAGCAGGCAAACUACUUUGCUCCCGAACUGAUGUCAUUCCACAUUGAUACAGGUGUGACACAGCUCUGGCUGGCCCAGCAGGAAAGCCUAGCCAGGACCAGUAUGUCUGUUAUGAAACCACUAACUGUAUUCUUCCCUGAAGAGCAGUGAAGCCAUUUAUGGGGACGGUCUUCAGCUGAACUCUGAGCUUUGGGAAGGAAACACGGGGAACAAAGAGGGAGGGGAACCUACCUAUCUGGCCAUUCUUAUGUGGAGGGGGAGAAGGAGUGGCAGGUCACAGGCACAUGCUGUCCCGGCGGUCCCUUGUGCUUCCCUGUAGCUGUGGCAUUUCAUUCCACGGGGCCCUAAGUCCCAGCUCCCCUCCUGUGGUUUGUGUCAAAUGUGCUUUAUCUAAUUGACUUCAAACAUCCUGAAAUGUCACAUGCAGAUUUCUUGUGGGAACAAAUACGUACAAGUACAUGUUUGCUGUCAUGUUGUGAGAAGGAAAUUAAAUGUGUGAGCUAGAAACCGCUAUUGGAAUACGAAAAGGUAAAAUCUUUGUUUCCUGCAGUAGGAACUGACUGUAGUCAUAAUAGCCUUUUGUACAAAGACCGACAAACCAGGUAACUUCCCAUCCAGUGCUUACCCUUGGAACUGUCUCUAAACACAUCAAGCAUACAAUAAAAAGUGCUGAAAUGAA